UGGACGGAGGCAGACGGAGAAUGUCUACGUGGAACAGGUUCACGGUGACAAGUAUGAAACGGUUAUGGUGUACCAGGUACAGACGAAGGAGUUUCAACCUGGGGGUGCAGAGCUGAUGUGGGCAGGAGGUCACAUCCCAGUUGACGGUAUUACUAGAAGGACAGUGAUCCAGGAGAUAUCUUCAACAGCUCGUAUCACGCUCUUCUCUCUCGCCUCACUCGGCUCUGUCAUGGGUUUGACGUUCCUCUUCAUCAACAUCAAAUACAAACAUAGGAGGGCCAUCAAGAUGUCAAGCCCUUCCCUGAGUAACCUGACUGUGGUCGGUUGUCUGCUUCUCUACGCGUCGGUCUUUGCCUCAGGGUGGGAUAAGACUAACCUGACUGACUCGGCCAUCGUCAUCAAGUGUCAUGUUGAGCGAAUGCUGAUAUCUGUUGGUUUGUCUCUUGCCUUUGGUUCUGUCUUCAUGAAGACCUACCGUAUACACGCAAUCUUUACCGUAGCAGUCAAGCAGUUCAAGCAAAUUGAUCUACCUGACUGGAAACUUAUACUUGGGGUGUUGAUGAUUGCUGUCGUGGAUGGCGCUAUUUUCAUCCUAUGGAUUACGAUGGACACAGCGGCGGUGACGAAUAUCAAUUUGGAGCCACUGCUUGAUAUGACUGAGCCCGAGAAGGAAAUAUUCAACGUCCCUGUGGUAAGGUAUUGCACCAGUACCCAUGGGCAGUACUUCAUAAUGGCCCUCUACGGCGUGAAAGGUGUUCUGUUGACCUUUGGCCUCUUCUUAGCCUGGGAAACGAGAAAUAUUUGCAUAUCACAGCUAAAUGAUAGUAAAUACAUCGCAGCCUCUGUGUACAUUGUCUCACUGACCAUCGCGCUGACCGUUCCAACGAUGACCAUACUGGGUGACGACGUCAACAUGACGUAUGUGGUUCCCUCAGCAGCCAUUGUGUUGGUCAACACAGUUGUGCUGUUCCUAAAUUUCAUCCCAAAGUUGUACCUGUUGUUCACUCUCGAUGAUAAAAGCAUUCGUGUGAGUAUGAUUAAUCCUACGGGAUAUGGCAACAAGUCAGAGAGGCAGGUUGCAGAACUACGCUCCAAACUCGAACAGAGACAAAAAGUGCUUCGGGAACUGUGUGUGAAGCUGACAACUUAGUAUGAAUUAGACUGUAAUAGACGGCCAGAGUGAAACACUGC